UGUUCUUGGUGACAUAGGUUGAGAUAUAGGGGCCACACCGGCGCCGGGUUCGACUUGAAUUUGAGCCAUGGGACACUCGAGGCAUGAAGUUGUUGGUGAAGCUGAUCUUCACAGUGCUGUUGCUGUUUCUGCUUUCCUACGCUUCCGUCAAUUCCAUCCUGGCAGAGAAAACACGUCCGAGUCCGGCCGCCGUCGUCUCGUCCGAGCUGCGUGUGGCACGCGCACGCGUGGCACGUGUGGCACUUUGCUUGCUGGCGUUGGAUGCUGAAGCUUACAUUGAUGAAUGGGUGCAUUUCCACGAAGCUUUGGGAGUUGAUCACUUCUUUGUCUUUGAUUUAGCCAACCAGCUGGAGCUGAACGACUGGGCUUCAGGAAAGGCACAUGUGAAUGUCACACACUUCCCCGCCAAGAAUAUCACGGAUGUGCAUCGUUUUCGCGCGGAACUGGAGAAACGAUGCAUCCAAAUGGCUCGGAGGGCAGGCUACAGCUGGGUUGGGCUGUUGGAUGUGGAUGAGUUCAUAUUGUUUCCGCAAGAGUUCGAGACCCACAUCGCUGAGCUCCUCGAGAGACGACCUCCUUCCGAGAGCUCCUUGCCGCUGCCCGGCCGUCUCUUCGCCUCGGAUGCGGCGACCUAUCAGCCGCUGCCAGUGACGAAGCGGGUGAUGCAGUUUGUGGACAUGAACUGGACCAGGUCUUUGGUGAGAACAGACCCGAGACGGCGACAGAGCCUGGGGAGUGACCGAGAACCAGAGAAGGACCCGUCUCAGGAGCCUGAGGAAAGGGGCGUUGUGACCUUGAACUGUUACUGGAAGAAAUCCAUCAAAGAGCUUUAUAAGAAGUGCUCACAGAGUCCCUCCAAAGAACUCUUUGCCCAUCAGUGCCUGGCCAAGAAGCUUCGCAGAAAUCAGCCUUUGAGACGUGACGAUAUGGCUUGGACUUUCUUGAAGAGGAAGGUUCCUUACUAUGCAGGCUUUGACUUGAUGUUGCCCAUCUCAGAGCCCCGUUACCCCACCGAACACGGAUCUCUGUCAGACACAGGCUGUGCACUCUGCGCCAUCAUGCUCAACGAGGAGGCCUAUGUGGAUGAAUGGGUGGACUACCAUUUAGCGCUGGGCAUGAGCCACAUCUUCCUCUAUGACAACAGUAAGACUUGGGAGCUGCAACGCUGGGCGUCUCGACGUCUCAAAGUCACCUCUGUCCAUUGGUCUGCAGACGCGGGUCAAGAAGACGCCUAUGUGGAUUGUUGGAAAAAGCACGUGAGGCCCAAGAACUACACCUGGGUGGCCUUUUGGGAUGUCGAUGAGUUCUUGAUCUUGAAAGAUCAUCGUAAUGUGAUUGAUUAUUUGGCUGAAUAUCUGGAUCAUGGAUCUCUGUCCCCGAACUGGCUGAUGUUUGGACCAGCAGGACACAAAGUUUAUGAGCCGAAGCCUGUGACAAAGAGGUUUCAAAAGUCUGAGUCGAAGGUGAAUCGGCAUGUGAAGACGAUCUCCAGAUCAGAGGACGUCAGACAACCACAUGUCCACUAUGCUUUGCUCUGGAAGGGGGCGCAACGGGACGCUGCGGGCUUGCAGUUGAAGAAGAAAGGGUCGUUCAAUGAGUUCAAUGGGGAAGGGCUUCAGAGCCAAGCGCUCAUCUUUCAUUAUGUCUACAAAAGCCACAAGGAAUUAGUGAAGAAACGCUGGCGUGGGCGUGCAGAUGUGAACAUGACCACGAAGCAGCGGAGGAUCCGGAUGAAAGAUGAUCGGCACAUCGACCAGUGUUGCCCUCGCCUUGAGCAUCGAGCCUGGGAGAGGAUCAUCGAGUCUCCUGGUACAGGUUGCUAUAGCUGGAUCUUCUAACUGUGCCAGAUAUCUGCCGAACUUCAUAUUAUAUCAUAUAUACCAUCCAAGUUCG